AGGGUCCAUAAGCCGGACAUUGUCGGUAAGAAUGCUAAGGCCGAGUACGAGAUGACGGUGGAGGACUACAUGUCGGUUAUCCCCGAUUGGGCCGAGCCGCAUGCCGAGGCAUGGGAGGAGAUGGUUAGGACGAGGUGGCUCAAGAUGGACGAGGACUUUGCAGCCGUGGCGAGGCGGAACGCGGAGAACCGAGGCGACGGUGGCACACACUGUGGGGGAAACCUCAGCUACGAGCGCUACAAGGGGAAGACGAGGGCCGCGUUAGGACCCGAGGAGGAGAUGUCUGACCUCGAGAUAUACAACAAGAUGCGGCUUAAGAAGCCCGAUCUCUCGCAGCCUCGGCCCUCGCUCCCGAGUACUUCGGCACCUACGCCGAGGACGUCGAGAACUACUGCGAGAUGGUGAGGCAUCGUCACCCGGAGGUGGAUGACCCCAUGAGCGCGGAGGUCGACGAGGAGUCGUUGGUCCUGUCGUCCGGAGGGUUGCCGCAUGGCCGUCUCGCCAUGCUGAACAAGGCCGUCAAGCAUACCCUCACCACGACCUUCACGCGUCUCAA